AUGAGCGCAAGAAGAAAACAUCUUCUCAUUGAAGAAGAAGAAGAAAAAGAAGAGGAAGAUCAAGAGAAAAUCCAAAAGAAAGGAAAAAGGAAAGAUGUUGUCACCGCCGAAGACGACGAUGAAGAAGACGGCUUGGAUGAAUUUGAGAAUGAUGGGUUUAUAGUUGAUGAUGUCGAAGAUGAAGAAGAUGAUGAGAAAGAAAAAGAAAAAAAUCCAAAACAAACGCAAAAGAAGAAAAAGAGAAGUAGAUCGUUGAAAGACAUUGCUCUUGACGAUGAUGAUCUAGAGUUAAUCCGUGAGAACAAGAGCAUCAUUAUAGAAAAAUUGAGAGAUGGAAAAUUCAAAAGGCUUAAAAAGGCUGGGGUAGACUCUGAGCUGAUGGAGCAAUCUUCGGAUGUCGGAGGAUUACUAUUUGAUGAUAUUGUUGAAGAAGAAGAGUAUAACGAUGCAGACGAUGACAUGGCAGAUUUUAUAGUGGAUGAAAGGGUUGUUGUCUGUGGGAAGGGAGAUUCUCUCAGGCAAAGAAAGUUUAUGGGCACAAAACAUUCCUCUUCAUAUUCAAAAGAAGCUAAAAAUAGUUCUGGGAAGGCAGGUCUGCUCGAAGAGCAUAUUAGGGAAGUUCAAAUUCAGUCUCCCGAGUCUAAUGAUCCUAACAAUCAUGAAUCAUUCAUCCCUACAAAUAUGUAUUUAGCUGGAGGGGGUAACUCCUUAGAUGAUACAGACAUACCUGAGAGGAUUCAGAUAAUGGAGGACAUUGUUGGAUCUGCUCCAGUCGACAGAAUGAGUAUAGAAGAAGAAAGUUCUUGGAUAUUAAGUCAACUGGCAUCCAACAUAAAUCCAACGUUCAAUGAGGCCAAAUCCUGUCCACAAGUUGAUACAGUAAAAAGGGAAGAUAUUGUACGGUUCUUGGAACUGCAUCACACAGAGAAAUAUGAUAUUCCAUUUAUUGCGAUGUAUCGGAAGGAACAAUGCAUUAGUCUUCUGGAAGAUCCAAAAUAUGAAGAAUCAGAAAACACAUUAUUGAACGAUGUUGAGACAAAACCUAAGUUGAAAUGGCACAAGAUGCUCUGGAUAAUCAAGAAAUUGGAUACAAAGUGGCUGCUUCUUCAGAAGCGGAAGAGCAUGCUCUUGAGAUACUAUAACAAACAUUUUGAGGAAGAAUGCCAAAUGUCUUUCCUUGUUGAAGAAUCCAGUUUCCAUAAGCAGGUUUUUCACUCCAUCACCAAUAUGCUCAAGAAGGCUGAAACAGAGAGAGAGAUUGAUGAUAUUGAUAUGAAGUUUAAUUUGCAUUUUCCACCAGCGGAGGAGUCCUUCGAUAGUGGUUAUAAAAGGCCUGUGAUGAAGUCAUACUAUUCCAAUUGCAGUAAGGCUGGACUAUGGUUACUUGCAAGCAAAUUUGGAAAUCCUGAGAAAUUUGGUUCUUCAGUUACUCUUGAGAAAGUUGGAAUGGACAAAGAAGAAGAUCCAGAGGUAUCUCCGGAGGAGAUAGCUUCAAUAUACAAGUGUGAAACAUUUCAAACUUCAGAAGAUGUACUUAAAGGCGCUAGGCACAUGGCUGCAGUGAUGUUAAGCAGUGAAAUACCUUUCAGAAAAUAUGUCCGCAGCAUAUUUAUGGAUAAGGCUCUUGUAUCAACUUGCCCUACAUUGGAAGGCGAUAUGUCAAUAGAUUCCUUUCAUGAAUUCGCUAGUGUUAAGUGGCUCCAGAACAAACCACUUUCAAAGUUUGAGGAUUCCCAGUGGCUUUUCAUUGAAAAGGCUGAAGAAGAGAAGCUUCUUCAAGCUACAAUAAAGUUGCCUGAUCAUGCCAUAAAUGAGUUGGCAAUGACCUGCAAUAAUGCUUAUCUCAAAAAAAGUGAAAGAACAUCUGUUAGGAUUUGGAAUGAGCAGCGUACAUCAAUCCUGCAGGACGCUAUUUCAAAUUUCCUUUUGCCUUCUAUGGAGAAGGAAGCACGGUUGUCAUUAAAAGCUAAGGCGAAAAACUGGUUACUAAUGAAGUAUGGGAUGCAGUUGUGGAACAGAGUCUCUGUUUCACCAUAUCCAAACAAUGAUAGUGCUACUGAACAAGAGGGGGGAGUCGUGGCUUGUUGCUGGGGAAAUGGAAAGCCAGGUACCACAUUUGUCAUGUUGGAUUGCAGAGGAGAAAUUGUUGAUUUGAUUCAUGCCGGGUCACUUACACUACGAUCUCAGAAUAUUAAUGACCAGCAGCGUAGGAAAAAUGAUCAACAGCGUGUCCUCAAGUUCCUUACAAUUUAUCAACCUCAUGUUAUUGUACUAGGAGCUGCUAAUGCAUCCUGUAUAAGGUUGAGGGAGGACAUUAAUGAGAUUAUUUCUAUGAUGUCGGAGGACAAUUUUCAAGAUGUCAGUCAAGAGAUGAAAGGACUACCAUCAGUUGUAUUUGGGGACGAAGGCUUGCCUUGUCUUUAUGAAGAUUCAGAAAUUUCCAUGAGCCAGCUUCCCAGACAAGAUGGCAUUGUCAGGAGAGCUGUGGCUCUUGGACGUUUCCUUUUAAACCCACUGGCAAUGGUUGCAACACUGUGUGGAGUCAAAAAAGAGAUUGUAUCUUGGAAGUUGAACCCCCAGGAGAAAUUCCUAACAAGUGAUGAGAAGUUGGAGAUAAUUGAAUGGGUCAUGACAGAUACAACAAACCAAGUAGGUAUAGACAUAAAUUUGGCCAUUAGACGUGACUGGCUUUUAGCUCCUUUGCAGUUUGUGUCUGGUCUUGGACCCAAGAAAGCUGGUAUUUUGCGUAGAAAAUUACUUGGAGGUACAGAUGUGAGAAAUAGGAGGGACUUUGCUAAUUUUGGACUGAACACAAAUAAGGUUUUCUGCAAUGCUGUUGGCUUUUUCCAGGUUUUUUGCAAUGACCCAAAUUUUGUUGACACUAUUGGCAAUAUUCUUGAUCGUACAAGAAUUCAUCCAGAGUCAUAUAAUCUUGCUGAGGAAUUAGCUAGAGCUGUUCAUGAACAUUAUAUUCUGGAAAAUCCAGAUGGUAAUGCUACCCAAGUGAAUGCAAUUGACUUCAUUCAAAAUAAUCCCAAACUGCUAGAGCGCUUUGAUUUAAAUGAAUAUGCCGACAGAAUGGAAAUAGAAAAGGGCGAAUACAGAAGGGUGACUCUUUUUGACAUAAAGAUGGAACUACUCCACGGAUUUAAAGAUCCUAGGAGGCCUUAUAAGGAACCGACUCAAGAUGAGGAGUUCUGUAUGAUAACUGGACAAACUGAGGAUGUGCUAGUUGAAGGAAAAAGAGUUCAGGCAAUAGUUCGUCAUGUGCAGCCCCAACAGGCAUUCUGUGUGCUUGACACCGGAAUGACUGGAGUACUUUUUAAGGAUGAUUUUUCAGAUGAAACUGAAGAUAUAUCUUUAACAGAUAAAUUGCAUGAAGGUGUUGUGCUCACAUGCAAAAUAAAACUAAUUGAUAAGAAAAGAUGCCGGGUAAAUCUGACUUGUAAAGUAAAUGAUUUGAAGAAUGAUUGUGAGCCAAGUUUCCAUGAUUUCGAUCCUUAUUACUGUGAAGGAAACAUCAUUUUACCGAGUCAGCUAGAGGCAACAGACAAAAAGGAGCUUCGAAAUAAAUAUUUCACGCCCAGGAGUAUUUCUCACCCUCAUUUUCAAAAUAUAACUGCAGAUCAAGCAAAAGAGUUCCUUGCAGAUAAGGCUGUUGGGGAAUAUAUUUUUCACCCAAGUUCAAGGGGUUUAUGUUAUUUGACCUUAUCUCUUAAAGUUUUUUGUGGAAUUUUUGUUCACAAAGACAUUGUUGAAGGUAGAAAGAGUCAUGAUUUGCUUCGACUUGGAAAGACAUUAAAAGUAGGGGAUGAAAUAUUUGAGGACAUAGAUAAGGUUAUUGAACACUAUGUCAAUCCAGUGGUAAUUCAUCUGAAAGCUAUAAUUAAUUUCCAAAAAUUUAAGAAGGGCUCAAAAGCUGAAGUUGAUGAACUAUUAAAACUUGAGAAGGAAGAAUAUCCAAACAGGAUACCAUAUGGCUUUGGCAUUUCGUAUGAUCAUCCUGGCACUUUCAUCCUGUCUUACAUUAAAAGUACAAAUCCACAUCAUGAGUUUAUUGCUAUCCACCCAAAAGGAUUCAAGUUUAGGAAGCAAAUAUUCGACAAUGUUGUGCAACUGAUGGCAUAUUUUCAGAGUCAUAUCUAUGAUAAAGUUGCACCAGCGACAAACCACAUAACAGUUGCAUCAUUUAAGGAAUCCAUGUCUGGAGGAUGGAGAAGCAACGAGGCAGAUCAGCACAAGGAAUCAAUAGGUUAUAAUGACCGUGGGAAUGGUCGUGGCCGUGGCCGUCGUGGUCGUGGAUUCAGUCCUAGAUCUGAAGAGGGAAGGGGAUGGAGAGGGAGCCAAGGUGAUGGCCCAGGAGGUGUAAGUGAGCCUGAUAUGAACAGGGACAGCUAUAGUGGUAAAUGGGGCAAUGGUGGAAGUGAAAACUCCGGUAGUGGUGGUUGGGCAAAUGCGAAUUCUUCUGGUUGGAAAGAUAACAUUGGCAAGCGUUGGGGUGAGGGUGGUCCUGUUGACGGCAGUGAAGGUGGAACCAGUAAUUUUAGCUAUCAGAAUAGCCACGAGAGUUGGGAUCAUGCAGGUGGUAGCUAUGGAGAUGUCUCUAAUGAUAGUGGUUGGAAACAGGGACAGGGACAAGGAAGAGGAAGGGGAAGAGGAAGGAGAGGAAGCUACGGUGAUGGCCAAGGACGUGGUCGUUGGAGUGGAAAUAGCAACGAGGGUGGGAGGCAUGAAGGUGGUAGCUAUGGAGAUGCCUCUAAUGAUAGUGGUUGGACACAGGGAGAGGGACAAGGAAGAGGAAGGGGAAGAGGGAGAAGAGGAAGCCGAGGAGAUGGCCAAGGACGUGGUCGUUGGAGUGGAAAUAGAGAUGCCUCGAGUGAUGGUGGUUUGAGUCAGGGACAGGGACUAGAAAGAGGAAGGGGGAGAGGAAGCCAAAGUGAUGGCCAAGGACGUGGUCGUUGGAGUGGAAAUAGAGAUGCCUCUAACGAUAGUGGUUGGGGACCGAAACAGGGACAAGGUGAUGGAAAUGAUAAUUCUGGAUGGAGUGUUUCUCAUGAAAAGAAUGCAGCUCCCUCUGGUGGUGGGAGUGGAUGGGCAGGACCUGGUGGUUGGGGUGGAAAUAGAGAUGCCUCUAGUGAUGGUGGUUGGAGACAGGGACAGGGACAAGAAAGAGGAAGGGGAAGAGGAAGGAGAGGAAGCCAAGGUGAUGGCCAAGGACGUGGUCGUUGGAGUGGAAAUAGAGACGCCUCCAACGAUAGUGGUUGGGGACCGAAACAGGGACAAGGUGAUGGAAAUGAUAAUUCUGGAUGGCGUGUUUCUCAUGAGAAGAAUGCAGCUCCCUCUGGUGGUGGGAGUGGAUGGGCAGGACCUGGUGGUUGGGGUGGAAAUAGAGAUUCCUCUAAUGGUGGUGGUUGGGGACCUAAACAGGGACAAGGUGAUGGAAAUGAUAAUUCUGGAUGGAGUGUUGCUCAUGAGAAGAAAGCAACUCCCACUGGUGGUGGGAGUGGAUGGGCAGGGACUGGUGGUAAAAGUUGGUAACAAAUCCUUAAUACUAGUGAUUCCAACUGAUUGGUGCUUUUCCUUUCUAGAAAGGAAUAGUAUCUUGUUUGGGGUAUAGGGUACUUCUUUUAUACUUGGCUUCUCUGUACUUUCACAAACAUGGCUAAUAUUUGCAGUCUAAUGUGUACGUUAAUUAUCCACAUCUAGAUGCAAAUUGUUACUAUUUCCCUUAACAUCAAUCUUUCUCCCCUUUCUCAUCAACUCAAUUAAAAACAUUAUCAAUUGCUGGUCGCGUCCUUUACUUUGGUGGGAAUCA